AUGCCAGAUAGACACUCUGAGGUUCCAUUGCUUGGGAGUGAGAAAAAACAGACGGGCAGGAGAGGUAGGAGACGGUCGGUUUUUCAGAAUAAUGUUGAAAUUCCCUCUUCGUACCAGGUGAAAUCGGACAAGUCUGAUUCGAUGGGUAUUUUGCAUGAUACGGACGAUGACGAUGAGAGUGUUGGGAUAGAGGGUGCUUUUAACGAUUCGAAUAUCCGUAGGUCGCAUGCAUCGUAUAAUGAUCGGUAUGCAUGGUCGUAUAUCGACCACAGACCGUCGCUUUCGGCGUUGGAACACUCUUCUUCAUCGCAAAAAAGGAAGCCACGUUCUUCGUCGUCGAGAGCGUCCUUCACGGAUCCGUUUGCGGGCGGGGAUUCGGCCAGCAGGACGAUCAAGAGCAGCUCGAACAAGUCUAGCCGCGGGCGAGACCCAUACGCGAGGAGAUACUCGAACGUUGGGCCAAACUCUGUUGUUCUGGGGCCCUCGACUCCAACUGCGGGUCAUAAUUACGAGUCGAUAAACAACCGGAACGACGUGGUUAUAGACAUGGAUGCGUUGAUGGAACACGUCAACAGGAAGAAUAAGUCGCGCUCCAGCUUGAGUUCGAAGGCAAGCACUCCGUCAAAGGCUACUUCUCAGGAUGAAUACAACUCGCAGCCAUCGUCACGUGGAACCAGCGACUCCGGUUCAUUGGACGAUGUGUGUUUGCCGAUAGAUGACGAGACAGAGGAAGGUUCCAAAGUGUGGCCCGACGUCCAGGUGCUAGAGGAGUUCUCCCGCGAGGAAAUUGAACGUUUGAGACGUGAAGCGAUGAGAGAUACCGAGAAUUUCCAUUUUCAAUACGAUGACGACGAUUACGACGGCGAAUUGUCCGAUGAGGAAAGAAUUGUAUCCUUUGGCACCCAAAAACCAACCAAUCCAGAUGCACCUCAUCAACUGAACCAGUCCGGAAGACCCAUAAUUACAAAUAUAGACGUACCAGAGCUUGGGAAUACAAGGGUAAAUGAAACGGAACAGUUGAAGAACGGGAGACUAAGACCAACAAAACUAACGCCUUGGCAUUUGAAAAGAGGUAAUCUAAAUCUUCCCGGGCUCUCUAGUGCUACCGUCUCCAACCAGGGUUCCGCCACAGCUAAACAGUCCCAUGGACUCUCUAAUAAAUCCGGUUCUUUAACUCACAGUUCUAACUGGAACGCCGAUAAAUCACUUUUGGAUUCUAGAACAGAUGACUUAUUGGUAGGAAGGAAUAUACAGUAUCCUCCACAUAUCAUUUCGAAUAACCCAGAAAUAUUUAGGUUCACCUAUUUCAGAGAAGACCUAGAUGCGACCAUCCACUCGCCAACAAUUUCUGGUUUGUUACAACCGGGCCAAAAAUUCGACGAAUUAUUCGUGGGCUCAGUUUACGCUAACCCGAUAAAUAACUCUACACCAUCCAAUGCAGGCACUAGAGAGGUGACUCCCGGAUUAGCUGCCAGCGCAUCAGCUACAAAUGCUAGUUUGCCGCCCAAGAAUUCGGCACCGUCAACUCUUGACUUUGACGAUGUUAGCCCAUUCUGGCUUGACGUCUUAAAUCCUACAGAAGAAGAAAUGAAGGUUUUGAGUAAAGCUUUUGGUAUCCAUCCUUUAACAACAGAAGAUAUCUUCUUGGGUGAGGUGCGUGAGAAGGUCGAACUUUUCAAAGACUAUUAUUUAGUGUGUUUCAGAAGUUUUGAUAUAGUCGCAGAGAGGCACAUCAGAAAGAAGAAGCAACAGCAACAACAGAAGUCUGAUACAGAAUCUACUGAGUCAGAAGAUGAGUCUCCUAAGGGGAGCUGGUUAAAAAACAUUUUCAGGAGGAAACAGCGCAGAGCGUCAAUGCCAAGAACUGUUAGCUCGUCAAAUUCUAGCGUUCAAAAAAAGGCAAGGAAGGAAAAGGAAGAAAUCGAAAAAUACAAGAGGAAAUCAGGAGAUCGUAAGAAACCACGGGCAGGUGAAUUGGAGCCAUUAAAUGUUUAUAUUUUGGUUUUCCGUACAGGUGUUUUAACCUUCCAUUUUGCUCCCACUCCGCAUCCAAUCAACGUGAGGAGAAGAGCUAGGUUGUUGAAGGAUUAUUUGAACGUGACUGCCGACUGGAUUGCUUAUGCUCUUAUCGAUGAUAUUACAGAUGCCUUUGCACCUAUGAUCGAGCUAAUUGAGGACGAAGUCUAUGAUAUAGAAGACGCUAUCUUGAAAAUGCACCAUGUAGAGGGCGAUUCUGAUUCGGGAUCAGAUUCCGAAGACAGUUCAGAUGAAGAUGAUAUAAGUUUCAAUCAAUUUGAUAGAGCAUCUAAAAGAACUAGCUUUUCAAGGCUCACAAAAAGCAGCGUUUCCUCUUCAACUACUAGAUCUACUUCCUCCAGCGAUUCUACGUUUAACGCUAAGAAUAUCAUUGGAUGGAGGAAAAAAGGUGAUAUGUUGAGAAGAAUUGGUGAAUGUCGUAAGAAAGUCAUGAGCAUAGUCAGACUACUUGGCUCCAAGGCUGAUGUCAUUAAGGGAUUCGCAAAGAGAUGCAAUGAGCAAUGGGAAGUGGCACCAAGAUCAGAAAUUGGAAUGUACUUGGGUGAUAUUCAAGAUCAUAUCAUUACUAUGGUGUCGUCAUUGAACCACUACGAGAAACUUUUGAGUAGAUCCCACUCUAAUUACUUGGCACAGAUCAAUAUCGACAUGACUAAGGUGAAUAACGACAUGAAUGAUGUUUUAGGAAAAAUUACGAUUUUGGGUACUGUCGUUCUACCCAUGAAUAUCAUAACAGGGUUGUGGGGUAUGAAUGUCUUGGUUCCAGGCCAAACUGCUGAUUCACUUACGUGGUUCAUAUCUAUCGCUUCAUUCAUGUUUAUCGCUGCAUAUUUCGCUUACAUGUACACAAAAAAGAGAUUUGGGUUUUAG